GCCAGUCAGUCUUGAACAAAGCCGCGAGCCGUUAAUGUCGAUCUCCAGUAGUCGACACACGUCUGCUUUCCGUGCCAGUAGUCAGUGCGUGCGUGUGGCUGUAUUCGCGUCGCCUGGAAUGACUGUUGUCCUUUCCUACCUGAUACCUCGUGCUUAGUCUUUCUUCUUUGCGUCGCGCGCCGUGCUAUUGCGCGUCAUAUUCGUAACUUAUUUGUUAUUGUAUAACCGGUCGCCUUAUUCUUUGUCAGACAUUUGCCGGUUCAAACCGAAAAGGAAGCAGGCAAUACACCGUUGCAGCGUGUUAAAGUGAAGAUGUCAAGCGGUUUUGCGCCGCUAAGGGUCUAGUAGCAUAAAAAUAUUACUACGUGACUAUAAUAUAUAAACUAGUAGAAACCAACAACAACUUUUUAAGCCUAAACUAGUACUCUACAUUGAAUCAAGCAAGUUGAUAACGUUGGACACCACCACAAAAAACAACAACCAUGUUUGGCAUUAAAUAUUUAACAGAGUCCCAUUUAAAGGGCUUCGAUCGAUAUAAGUACAGCAGCAUCGACACCGGCUACAUCAGCGUCUAUAUCAUGCAUCCCUUCUGGAACUGGUGUGUUCAGUUCCUGCCGAAAUGGCUAGCACCGAACCUCAUCACAUUCACCGGCUUCCUGUUGACCGUGGUCAAUUUCAUUUUAAUUGCAUAUUACGAUUGGGACUUUCAGGGCGCCAACCACGAAGUGCACACGGUGCCGCGCUGGGUUUGGUCAGUGGCCGCCAUUAAUAUUUUACUUUACUACAAUUUAGAUGGCAUGGAUGGCAAGCAGGCACGACGCACUGGCACCAGCGGUCCGCUGGGCGAGCUCUUCGACCACGGCUUGGACUCUUACUCCGCUGUGCUGAUACCAAUUUAUAUGUUUUCGUUGUUUGGCACCAACGAUUUGCCGCCGAUUCACAUGUUCUUCGUUAUAUGGAAUGUUUUUCUUAAUUUUUAUUUGACACACGUCGAAAAGUACAACACCGGCGUGAUGUUCCUGCCAUGGGGCUACGACUGCACGAUGUGGGGCGUCAGCUUGAUGCUGUUCUUCACCACACUUGUCGGCCCGGAAAUUUGGCAUGCGCGCCCCUUCUUGGGCCUCAGUAUGGCCAACCUAUUCGAGAUUGUGCUGAUUGGUUCGGCCAUGGUGAGCAGUCAUCCAAUCAUCAUCAAAAAUAUUUAUUUAUCAUACAAACAUAAAACCGGCAAAAUGCGCCCAUUCUUGGAGGCGGCGCGCCCACUCUUCCCCUUCUUGUGGCUCUUCGCAAUCACAACGUUCUGGUGCUUCUACUCGCGCAACAGCAUCAUCGAUCUGUCGCCGCGCAUCAUCUUCAUACUCUUCGGCACGUUAUUUUCCAAUAUAGCGUGUCGCUUGAUAGUGGCGCAAAUGUCCGAUGUGCGCUGUGACGGCUUCAAUCUGCUGCUGUGGCCACUCUUGGCCACUGUGGCGGCCUCCUGUUUCCCCUGGUAUGAGCAGCUGCUGGGCAGCGAAAUUAGCGCUGACAUGGAAUGCUGGAUCCUGCAAGCCUUAACGAUUUUCGUCACCAUAGCACAUCUGCAUUACGGAAAAAGGGUGGUUUGCGAGAUGUGCGACCACUUCAACAUUCGUUGCUUCAAAGUAAGAUACACUUCCUAUAUGCAACACAAAACAGUAACAAAUAACCUACCAAAGAACUUAGGAGCGGUAAACAACUCUCAUAAAUCAACACAAUUAACCGAGUCAUUAUUGAGUAAACGUUCAGUUAAUAAUAAAAAUGGGCCAAUUCAAAGCAAACUGUCAUAACUUGAGUAAUUAACAUCAUAUCACAUUAUAUAAAAUGAUACAAUUUGUUUUAACGUCACGAAUUUAUACCACUUGUCAUAUAUUAUACCGUUUAAGAUCUCCAUUUAUUACUAAGCACAAAAGUUGAGGGGCAUUUGAGGGUUUCUUAGGCUAAAUCUCGAGUUCAAUAUAUAGUACAUACAUAGUAUGUAUAUACAUACAUAUAUACAAAGAAAAUUACGGAACGGAAAUUCGAGUAAAUAUAUACACAAGAAAGAGUUGAAAUGCCAAAGUUCAAUAGGACAAAGAUAACCGAAAGUUAGUUGCCGAAUCAAGGUGUUGAUGACGUAUAAUAACUAUCGUGCCUCAGCUCGUUUUUGUUGCGGUUUUUGAGAGCGAUAUUAGGUAUAUAUUAAGAUAUUAUAAGAUUUAUUCAAUCUUUUCGACAUCUCAAGCGUUUUAUGGGUUGAAUAUUACCCAAAUCAAAUAUAAUUAAAUAUAUCGUCACCUAAAAUGCAAAAUAAUGUAACAUCACUUUUCAUAAGUUUCCAGGUGUAAGAGAAGCGAUGUAAUAGAAACCACUCAUAUUAAAAGAAAAUUUGAGUUUUGGUUAUAAAAUGGUUAUAUAUUGCUUAUAUAUUGGU